AUGGGUAAAAAGGGUAAAGGCAACAAAUUGGCCAAAAUGUCGGAGGAGGAACGGGCCCGUUAUCUACAACUAAGAGCCGAUAUAGAGGAAGAGGCCAGAAGGCGUAAAAUGCAAUUGAUAUCCAUGUAUAUGAAGAACAAACUCAAGCGCGAAGAAGCCUUUUGCCGUCUCAAUAUGGCCAAAAUCAAUCAGGAGUGGCGUUCCAUUUUACGUCAGGUCAAGUGCCAAGAAUUGCGUAAGGAAAUCGUUGAAAUGGAAAAAUAUUGCAAGGAUAUGAUGGAUCAUAAAGAUAAUGUGAUAAGGAGUUUGCUUAACGAUUUAGAAGUGGCCCAUGGCCAGCAUGAUAACAUGUCUCAGGCUCAUAUGGAAAUGGUGCAGUAUUUCAUAAAUAUUCAACAACAACGUUUGGAAUUCUUUCGUGACAAUUAUGACUCGGAAAAGCAUUUAAUGUUGGAAGAAUUCCAGGAUGAUCAUAAGAAGUUAAAAGAUUUGAGUAUUGGAGCUAGAGAACAUUUGGAGUGUGUUUACUACCAGCUAGAGGAGAAAAAUGAGAGUGAGAGGAAUAUGGCUCAUGAGAAAUUUCUGGCCCAGUUGGAUGACAUUAAAGCCGAGAUGCAAUUACGCAUCGAAGAAAUCACCGAAAAGGGAGAACACAAACUCGAACAACUUUGGCGUGAAUACCAGCAAGCUUUAGCCGACUAUGUGGCUCACACUGAAGGUUUCUAUGCCGACUAUAUGGAUCUAAAAGAACGCGACGAGGAGUACACGAAUCAAACACGAGAUUAUUGCUAUGAAAUCGAAAAGGCCAGCAAUCAAUUGGCCAGUUUGAAGUUGACUUUGGCAGAUGCUGAAGAUACAAGUGAAGUACGUUUAAAGCAUUUAAAACUUAUGAAGGAGCAUUUAAGCAACAAGUUUAAUGAUGUGAAGGAGAGAGUUGAUCGUGAAAUGCAAGAUAAUGAGGAAAAGUUUAAGCUAAUGAGUGUGGAGAGUUAUAAGGCGGUAAAGUAUUUUAAAAUCUUGUGUGACAAGGGCAAUACAAUUUUGCAAUUGGCUGCAGUUUGCCGUAAAUUUGAGACGGAAAAGGAGAAGAUCUUACCUUUGGGCUUGCCGCCCAUAACAAAAAUUAUGUUUGAAAAUGAGAAUGAGUUACAGGAGGACAUGCCAGAGGAAGAGCAAAAGGAUGGUUUCUGUAACUGGUUCUUAAUGGAGAACUUCUGGAAACGUGUCAACAAUGUGAAAAUCGAUGUAGUUUGUUUGACUCAACGUAAAAAGUCGCUGGAAAAAGAAAAUGAACGUUUAAAAGCCGAGCUUCAACAGCGUUUAAUUAACCUAAACAUUAGCAAUGGCAUUAACAAUCACAUCAAUGAUUAUUUGGCCAAAAGACCCAGUAGCAUGCGUGUGGAACGCGUGGAACAUUAUGAUUUAAAUACUCGAAAACAGUGUCAAAGUGCAGAUGUUAAUUUUGGAAGGCGAGUUAUAAAACCAUUUGCCUGUAUAACAGAAGCCAAUUUUACCAAUGCAGUACGUUCGAAAGUAAUGACAAAAGGCAAACAAAGAUUGGCCAAAAUUGUGGCCAUAAAACAUUGA